UUCACUUUACUGCUGCUCGGUUGGCAGCUGGGGGUUUUCUGAAGGAAUGUCGCCGCUUCAAGUCUGCGUGGAUGGAGCCGUGACAGAGACGCUCUGAGGGGGAGGAAAAAAGAUGUCGGCACUGCGGCUUCGUUUCUCUCUAAAUAACGAUUCUGUCUCAAACAUAAUGCUAGUCACCUCCACCACUGACUGGCACGUAUGAACAACCGUUCAGGAUCAGGAAAAAGACAACCACUCCAUUCAGCGGUCAACGGUUAAUAAUUUGGCAUCACAUUUGCUGUUGAGCAUGGAGCCGUAGAUUUUCCGGGGCCCACGUUGGUAAGAUUUACCCUCAGCCACUGUAAGACAAAUCAUCAGGGAGUUCCACUGUACAGCUGCUCGUGUGUGCACAAGCCCGUGAAGAUGUUUUCAGCACUGAAGAAGCUGGUGGGGUCGGAGCCGGGUCAGCUGCGGGAUAAGAACAUUCCCGCUGGCCUGCAGUCCAUGAACCAGAGUUUGCAGAGGCGUUUCGCCAAAGGAGUUCAGUAUAACAUGAAAAUAGUCAUCCGUGGAGAUAGAAACACUGGGAAAAGUACUUUAUGGCAUCGACUGCAGGGAAAGAAGUUUGUGGAGGACUACAUACCCACUCAGGAGAUCCAAGUCACAAGUAUCCACUGGAAUUACAAAAUGGCUCCAUAUCAAGCUACAGAUGAUGUGGUGAAGGUGGAGGUCUGGGACGUGGUCGACAAAGGCCAAAAAUACCCUCUUCCUGAAGGAAAAGGCAAAAGACGAGGAGAGAACUUGAAACUGGAGAACGAGCCCCAAGAGUCUGAUGAAGUGGCACUGGACGCAGAAUUCCUGGACGUUUACAAGAACUGUAACGGCGUGAUCAUGAUGUUUGACAUCACUAAGCAGUGGACAUUUAGCUAUAUCCUGAGGGAGCUGCCCAAAGUUCCCACUCAUGUGCCGGUGUGUGUGCUGGGGAACCACAGGGACAUGGGCGAACAUCGGGUCAUCCUCCCUGAUGACAUCAGAGACCUGAUCGCUGGACUCAACAGACCGAUGGGAUCUUCUUACAUCCACUACGCUGAAUCGUCCAUGAAGAACGGCUUUGGUCUCAAGUAUCUGCACAGAUUUUUCAACAUCCCCUUCCUGCAGCUACAGAGGGAGACCCUCCUGAGGCAGCUGGAGACCAACCAGUUGGACAUGGACGCCACCCUGGAGGAGCUCUGUGUCCAGCAGGAGACGGAGGAUCAGAACUACGACAUUUUCAUUGAGAACUUGGAGACUCGCAAGAGCUACGGUUCUCCUGGUCCAGCCAACGGCUCCUCCUCCGGCUCUCAGUCCCCCAUCGUCCCCCCCAGUGGUGCGUCCACCGGCAGCUCCAGUCCCAGCACUCCUCAGCCGCCGAUCCUCACGCAGAUGCUCCCACAGUCGCCGUCUGCGUCCGCCGCGUCGUCUCCUCCUCCUCCUCCUCCUCCACCUCCGCCUCCUGCAGCGACGGUGAGCGCAGCGGCUUCGCCCACCGCUGAGUUAAAGCUCCAGACGGUUCAGUCUCCAGAACACCAUCCGUCUUCAGGGGCGUCGGCUCUUCAGAAACGCGGCUUCAUGUCCCGCUGGUUUGGCUCGUCACCUGCUUCUGAUGCUCCCGGUCCUGCGUCAGAGGACUCUGCUGCAGCGCCCGCGUGUCCUGCUCAGGUUCACAGUGUGGAUGAUUUUGUCCCGGACGAGAGACUGGACAAGAGUUUCUUGGAGGACAGUCUGCCUCCGAGGACGAAGGCGUCUCAGCCUGCUCCGGCCGUGGACAGUGACAGUGACGAGGACAGAGGAAACCCAAUGGUGUCUCAUUUCCAGGACGAGCUGGACCCUGACGACACAGAGCCGAACCUCCCACAGCCCAAGACCCUGCGUCCCAAUAAAGACAUCACUCUAACCAGUGACGACGACGAUGAGGAGGAGGAGGAGAAGAAGAAGAAGAAAGCACCUGCGGCUCUCACCAUCACUCUGGACCAGGACCUGGACAGUGAACCUGAGCUCAAAACGCCCGUGAUUCACGGCACCAAACCAAAGGUUUCGUCGUCUAAAGCUCCAGAGCUCAGCAGAGGCCAGAACGCCGUCGCGCCCGUCUCCCUCACUUUACUUCCAGCCGCGGCUCCGCCGAGCCGACACCAGAGCAAGAAGAAGACGAGCGCGGCCAAAGUGGACGAGUCUGACACCGACGCAGAGACUCCUGUGGCGCAGCAGAUGCUCUCGUUCGUCAUGGACGACCCCGACUUUGAGUCUGAAGUAUUGGACACACCAAAAAUAGUAAAGGAUUCGUUUCCAAUCCGGGACGAGCUCCUGUCCGACCUCUCCGACGACGACGUGCGGUUGGUCAAAGUGUCGGAGCCUCUGAAGCCCACCGUGAUCUCCUUCAAGCAGAAGGACGACACUGACCUGUUCGGCCUUGGCUGCCAGGAGGAGGCUCCUGCAGCCAAGGAGAGCAGCGACGAGCAGGAAGAGAAAGAAAGCAAACACUCUAAAGACAAGAAGAAAAAGAAGAAGAAAAGCAAAGAGGAGGACGACAAAAGCAAGAAGAAACACAAACACAAGAAGAAGGAGAAAGACGACGCUGCUCCCGCUGCAGCUGCCGGAGACGACAAGGAGAAGAAGAAGAAGAAAUCCCGCACCAAGAAAACGGACGUGGACGAACUGGAGGACUUUUUAGGCGGCGGCGGCGCAGGGUUGAUUAAAAUAGAUGACGGGGAUUAUGAGGAACUAUAAAAAGGUUUUUUUGUUUUGUUAGGAAGUGGCGCCACCACGUGGCAGCGAGGGGGACACGGUCCUUCUGAGACUCCUGGUUUUCCUUGACCUGUAUGUGCAUAAAGCAGCAUCUCCAAGCCAUACGCAAUACGCAAGGCUACCGACGACACCCAGGUAAAAUACCGAGGACUCUGUAUGUUCCUUCUAACUGACUCUCUCUCCAUCUGCACUACUCCUCCUGCUGCUGCUCUCACUUCCAGUCCACUCCAGUAAGAAUCCCGCGAGUACUGUAACGAGCUCCAGCGUCAAAUACUGUAGAGAUGUGUUUCCACCGCAACACAAAAAAAACAACUCGUACCAGGAACUAGGAUUGUAGCUGGAACUACGUUAUGUGUUUCCACUGCAGCAACUAGUACCAGGAACCAGGGAGUGAACCUGGAAUCAUGUGCUUUCCCACUGCAGGAACUAGUACCUGGAACUAGGAACUGUAUCUGGAACCAUGUUUGUUUCCACUGCAGGAACUAGUACCUGGAACGAGGUGCAUUACUUCCAAAGGUUCUAGUACCAAGGACUAGGAACUGUCUCUUGAGGUUUAGGUCUUUUUCUAAAGUACAAGAAUCUUACAGUGUGAACAAACUCCAACCUUGUAUUUCAGUCAAUCAAAUGUUUAUAGAAUUUGCUUUGAUGAAAGAGAUCGUCUCAGUUUUACAUCAUCACAGCGUGAAUCUCCUUCAUGUUUACAGAAACCUUUGUUGUCCCUGAAGAAGGUUUCUGGUACUUUGCGGUGGAAACGCAGCUUGAGACGUUUGGUUCUUUGUACUUUGUACACGGUUAAUGUUUUAUUUGUUUUUCUGUGAUUUGACGCGACAAGUGGUUUCCCUCCAAAAUCAGCUGCUGUAAAUAGUGUGAUCAGUGAGUCUGAAUGUUUGUGUGGUUGGUGUAAUAAUCGAGAGCAUGCUCAAAGUGACGACUGAAUCAUUAAUAGUGUGUGUUUGUUUGUUUUGUUUCAUUUCUCGUGUGUUUGCUGUCUUUGUCCAGAUUAGCGUCUCUGAAUUGAAAUCAUCCCUCUUCUCGUCCACACUAAAGCCAGUUUUACAUCAUUUUCUUUCAAAUAGUAGUUCAACCAAGUUUUACUCAGUGCACCAGGAGAAUACCACCGCCUCAUUUUUACAAACCUCAACCCAAUCACAAAGCCCAGCUGAGGACCGGGCAGUGUGACCCCCAAAAAUGUCAAACUGGUCGAUAUUAAUUUAUCGCAAUGAAUCUCUGAUGAUUUAACAGUUGAUUUUUGCUCCCGAGGGAAAGUGAAUUGUGGGUUUUAGCUUUUUUAUCGAAACAUCUGACAUAAAACAUGUGCAAAGCAUAAGCAUCAUAUUUAUUAUGCAGAUAUUGAACUUUUUUAUUACAUUGCUAUUAAAGAAAAUUACGUUUUUAUUAUUGUUAUUGCAUUAUUUUGCCCAGUGAACAAUGUUUCCCAAGCUUUUCACUACGUGCACCCACUCGUUAAGGAUGAUGGUAAACUGUCGGGUCCUAAAUCACAAUACAAGAGCAAAUGUAGCGAUGUAUUCACAGCCAUAUCCGUAGAAAUGGAUAUAGAUGAUUGGUGAAUUAAUUGAAGCUUUAUUUUAUGCUUCACGUUAUUUGAAAGAAUAUACAUGUGAAAUUGUGCAAAUUUGUUUGGGGACCCAAAAAAUAUUCCUGUGACCCCUCUAUGGGUCAUGACCCAGUGUUUGGAAAAAGCUGUUGUGAUUAAUAUAGCAGCAAAUGCUGUGAUGGUAGUCUUUUAAAUAUUAUCACUUAAGGUGCAGUGCAGAACAACGCCAAUGGGUGGCAGCAGAGGUCAAACUCAAACACAUUUAUUGUCUUUGCUGUCAAAGGUAAACAAAGCUCCUUAUUGUGUGUCGCAUUUCUUAUCGUACCAUGGCCUCUGUGUCACGACAGCACUUUCGUGUUUUCGCUACGAAAAUCCUUUUCCUUUUCGUCAACAAAGCUCUUAUUUGCAGAACCAGGUUUUGGUCUUUAAAGAUCCUCGACAUUUAGAAGCUAAUUUUCACGUGGACUUUAAUUCAAAAAACUACAACGGAAAUGCCCCCUGGUGGCUAUCAAUAUCGGUGCGUUCCAUUUGUAGUCGGAACUCCUGUGUAAGGAACCUGGAUUUUCCAACGAGCCCGCGUUUACGUUUACUUUCCGACUUCUCACCUGGAAAGCGGGACAAUUUCGAUUCUGAUGUAAUAGGAACGCAGCAGGAAACCACACCCAUUUUUCUAUGACUCAAAGACAAUAAAAAGGGUCUUGAUGGUGAAGUGUUAUUCAUGCAUACUAUUGUGGACUCAUGUUUUCUUACACGCUGGCUUGGUGUGGACGUGGUCUUGGUGUGGAACUAACAUGGCCUCUCUUGCCACCUGACUCUGCUUUGCUUUCCACAAACUACACUGACUUCCUGUUUGUCAGCAUGAAGGACGUCCUCCUAUCCCUCGUCCAUUUCUCUCUCUCUCUUUGCCACAGAAUCCAGGCUCUACAUGAGUCCACUCCAUGUUUUUCCCCAUGCUGUUGCCUUCACAGAGGCACAACAAACUGGAACUGUGUUCCGCUCUCUCUCUCUCUCCAUGAAGCAUUAUUAAGUGUUCUUAAUGUUAAACGCUUUGUUUUGUUGGGUUUAGAAUCAUCGUCCUGGCCUUUUAUCAGUUAAACAGAAAGUCGCUCUUAAUUUUUGCCACUAAAUCUACACAUUCUUAAGACUAAGACAUCGUUAGACUGUUUGAUGCCUUUUCCUGGCUGGAAACUGGAGUUUGUAAACCACUCACAGAAAAUCAGCAAUUUUUACAUCACAGCACUCGGGAGUUGUUGAUCCACUGCUGCCUUCGUCAGUGAAUUCAAAGGUCUUAUUUUGUGAAUUUGGCAAAUCAUUGACGCAAAGUGACCACACGAGGCAGCAGUAGACCAGCAGCCCUUGUGUCUCCACAAGCUAAAAUCACUGAUUUUCUCUAUGGGGUGGAGAGUGAGUCCAGUUUCUGUAAAAUAAAGCUGCAAACAUAUUCUGCAGAUAUCAUGGACUUAUAGCCGGUGUAUAUUUUAUUAGGUUACGUGGCCAUGUGGGAAAAAAAAAACAUGACAUGAAUCCCUUUUUGGAAGCUUGUUGAAGGUUUGCAGUGAAAUAUUUCAUUAUUUUUGUCUUGUGUGUGUUUUGCCUCUCUGGACAAAAAAUAUCCUUAUGAAGGAGUAUUCUGGAGUUUUGGUAUUAUUUUUUCUUGUCAGUGCAACAGUUUAUUUUAUUCCUGGGUUAGGUUUUUGCUUAUUUUUGUUUUGUCCCAAAUAUGCAUCUCGCAGCCUUUCUUUGUUUUGUUUGUUUCCUCUGCUUUAAGUAAACUGUGGACACGCUGAUGUCACCUCUCUCUCUCACCUGUUGGGAUUCAGUAUCUUCCAUGAAAAAAAACAUUUCCUGACAUUUGAAGACGAAUAAACGUGUAUUUUUGGACACUUUUCAUACAUUUUUCCGUCUCACGUGGUCACACUGUUGGUUUACAAAGACAUUAUGUUUGAUUUUUUUGUUUUUCUCAAAGUUGAAACUAUGCAGCAUUGAUCCUGAAUACUGUACACUGUUGUUUUGUUUUUUGUUUGUUUAUUUGUUUUUUCCCCCGUCUUUUGUCAUGUGAUUGAGGAUAAAUGCUGAAAAGCAGUUUCAAGCAAAGCAUGAGACUUAAAUGUACAGUAAAAAAGAAAAAAGAGAAUGUAUAAAGUAUAUAAAUAUAUAAAUAUAUGUGAAGAGAUUUGUUCCAAAAUGACAAACUCUUUGUGAAAACCUGCGCCUCACAAGUUUCAAUAGGAAAUCGAGAGUAAUAAUGUAAUAACGCACUUGUUUUAUAGAGUCCCUAAUACAGAUUAUUAGGGACUAUUGUGACCUAAAUCCCAAUAUAAAUCAUGGCAACAUGCGUAAAUCUUCAUCUUAUGCACGUUAUUAAAAUAUGUAUAAAUAAAUCUUGCGGCUGCAACAAAUUCUAAAUCAUGAUAUUUACUUGUCAGAACAUAAAAAGUCCUGUUUUCUCGCAAUAGUAAAAUAAUGCGUUAACAAGUCUCGUUUUCUCACAAUAACGAAAUGUGUUAUCGUGAGAGGACAAGUCUUGUUUACUUGCGAUAAUGAGAUAAUGCGUUCUCGUGAGAUAACAAGUCAAGUUUUCUUGCAAUAACGAGAUGACGAGUUUCAUUUUCUCACGAUAGCAAAAUAAUGCGUUAUCAGGAUAUAACAAUCGUUUUCUCACGAUAACAAGAAUAUUCCUGCUCUUGUGUUCUUAAUAAACUGCGCACUUUAAAAUACUGCAUUUUCCAAACUCUCGUUUCCACUCGGACGUCUGAUAUUUUGGAACAAAAACCCUUCAUCUAUUUUCAUCCCAUGACAUGUUUCAUCUUUACACUGUGUGUGAGUUUGCUUACGUUUGGUUUGUCCAAUAAAUGCAAACUUAUUUCUUCA